AAAAUGACGGCGAUCUGUUGCAAUGAGAGAGCCUCUUUGUGUGUUGUCAUCGUAUAUAAGACAUUUCUGCCGCAGUUUCUUUCUUUGGAAUUAUGUCGGCUGAAUAUGACAAUAGUGACAAUGGCCCGGAAGGCAUGGAGCCAGAUGGGAUCAUUGAGAGCAACUGGAAUGAGAUUGUGGACAGUUUCGAUGAGAUGAGCCUGCGCGAGGCUCUGCUCAGGGGAAUCUAUGCCUAUGGUUUUGAGAAGCCUUCAGCUAUCCAGCAGAGGGCCAUUGUCCCUUGUAUCAAGGGUUACGAUGUGAUUGCUCAGGCCCAGUCUGGAACCGGAAAAACCGCCACAUUUGCCAUUUCUAUCCUCCAGCAGAUUGAUGUGGAGCUGAAAGACACUCAGGCUCUGGUCCUGGCUCCCACUAGGGAGCUGGCUCAGCAGAUCCAGAAGGUGGUGCUGGCCCUGGGUGACUACAUGGGUGCUAGUUGCUAUGCCUGUAUUGGAGGGACCAACAUUCGCUGUGAAGUUCAGAAGCUGUUGGCUGAAGCCCCUCACAUUGUGGUGGGAACCCCUGGCCGCGUCUUCGACAUGUUGACUCGCAGAAACAUCUCUUCGAAGCACAUCAAAAUGUUUGUGUUGGAUGAAGCCGACGAGAUGCUUAGUCGAGGGUUCAAGGACCAGAUCUAUGACAUCUUCCUGAAACUGGGGCCCAGCACACAGGUUGUCCUGCUGUCGGCCACCAUGCCCGCUGACGUUUUGGAGGUCACAAAGAAAUUCAUGCGUGAACCUGUCCGAAUCCUGGUCAAGAAGGAGGAGCUGACCCUUGAGGGUAUCCGCCAGUUCUACAUCAAUGUGGAGAAAGAGGACUGGAAGCUGGACACACUGUGUGACCUGUACGAGACCUUGACCAUCACACAAGCGGUCAUCUUCAUUAACACAAGGAGGAAAGUAGACUGGCUCACUGAGAAGCUGCAUGCCAGAGACUUCACCGUCUCUGCUCUGCACGGUGACAUGGACCAGAAAGAGAGAGACUUGAUCAUGAGGGAGUUCCGCUCCGGCUCCAGUCGAGUCCUGAUUACCACUGACCUGCUGGCCAGAGGUAUUGAUGUCCAGCAGGUGUCCCUGGUCAUCAACUAUGACCUGCCAACCAAUAGGGAAAACUAUAUCCACAGGAUUGGUCGCGGUGGUCGUUUCGGCAGAAAGGGAGUAGCCAUCAACAUGGUGACUGAGGAUGACAAGCGAACCCUGAGGGACAUUGAGACAUUCUACAACACCACCGUUGAGGAGAUGCCCAUGAAUGUGGCAGAUCUUCUCUAGAAAUCUAGAAGAAUCCAACCACCCUUCAUCCACCCAACCCUGCUUAUUUUAGAAGUCAAACCUUGUUUCUUAUAUGAUCUGAAUUCUGAGAACUUUCUUUUGCUAAAUCUCACCAUGACUUGACACUCUCCAUUUGAAGGAAAUGGGAAAUGCAGCCAUUAUUCCCACCCUAACAUUUGAAGUAGUUAUCGGCCAUCUUUGGAAGGAUAAGUUACUGACCAGCUAAAUCCAGUUGCCAUUGUCCUGACCCCGUAUUGGUAUCUAACACCUCCCCUGCAGUUAAUCCCUCUUCUCUCAAACUUGGAAGCAUUGAUUUGACCAUUUAUACAUUUAAUGAGCCCCGAAAGUGCAAAACAUAACCAUGUUUCCAAAGCACAUUUUAAAAAGAAUAACAAAGUUUGAUGUUUUUAAGGGUUCUAGUUCUGGCUGUUGGCAAAAAGCCUAACAUUAAAUUAAUAACUUUGCUCAAUUGAUAACAUGCACAACGCUAACAUGCAAGAUGUUUUGAAGCUUUUGUGAAAUGUGGCUUUGUUGAUCUGCACAGCAUUACCAGGUGCUGCACUGCUAGUGAAUGCUGGAUGGGAAGUUUAAGACUGCGUUUAAAAGUUUGGACUCCACCGAGCAAAAUCUAGAUUAAAUGGGGGAGAAAUGCUGCAUUUGACCAGAUCAGUAUUUAAACGAACCUUCAGUGUACUUGCCUUUAACACACUUCCGUGAUCAUGUAAAGAACAGAGGUUUUGGGGCUAGAGUACACAGGGCAUAUUCAAUAAAAAGACAUGUAUAGUGAAAUCCAUCAUGAAUGAGUUGUUUACGAUUUUGAUCCUUUUACUGCUGUUUCUUAUAUAUUUUUUUAUUGCUAUUGUACAUACUGCUUGACUUGUACAGUCACUUGUGCAGUAGCAUUCAGAUGAGGACUGACUGGUGGCUACAGAUGUUUGGAGGCAAAAAUCAACGGUGAGUGUUGUGGAGACUUUAAGCCUCACGACCCUGACAAAACCCAGUUGAAUUUUUAAUCUCUUGACAUUAUUGUGGUGGUGGUGACUUUUUUUGUAACCUACCUCACCAAAAGAAAAGUGUGUGUGGGGGAGGGGGCAUCGUACACGAAAGGACCAAAUUGCAAAUGAUUAAGUAUAUCAAUCCCUAUGCCCCCAAAUCUCUACUCUUUCUAAGCGCUCUCAAAUAUUAAAAAUGCCUGUUCUCAUGGGGGGCUUGGUGUCUGGUUUUAGCACAACUGUCAUGUUUUUGGGGGUGUAUAGUCAGUGCUAUUUUUAAAAACCUGAAU